AUGAACCGGAAUUUGGCCAAAGUCGAGCUGCCAACUUUCAACUUGACGGAUACGAAACCCUUAGAAGUCCUAUUACUGGCAUGUCAAAGCUCGGACAAUUAUUCGGUGACCGCCGUCGACCCACGCACCGGUGUCUCGGCAUGGAGUUACAAGGGCGCCGAGCUGCAGAAUUCGUGCAUCGGCUUGUUUAAUCCAAUUGGCAGCGAUGGUCGUCACUUUUUGGUCAGCAUCAAAGAGCGUCCUCUUCUGCACUGUAUCGCCUUCCAUUGCAAGGACCGCUUCCAUCAAAAGGUUAUGCUACCAGGUACGCCGGAGUGCUUGAUAACGUCCAGUGAUGGCAUUGUUUUGUACGUGUCGAUUGGCUCUCAAAUAUUUGUCUGGCUGUUGGCGACCGGCGAACUUUUGGCAAGUUGGGAAGCACAUUAUCAAGCAGUUACGGGACUUGUUUUGACCGCUGACGACUCCAUCCUUAUUUCCACAUCUAAAGAUGGAAAACUGCACGUUUACUUAGUUUCGGAGAUUGUCAAUGUCGAUCGUGUGGCGGCGAUUCGGCCACUUCGCGAAUGGGCCGCUCAUUCACUGGCGAUCAAAGCAGUCGCCGUUACUUCCGGCGGUUCUCCCCGCAUCGCCACAGUCGGACGCGACCAUGCGCUCUUGCUCCAUUCGAUAUCACUUGAUGCUCCGUUGUUGAAGGUGGCUGCGGAACAUCCCCUGACUGCAUGCGCAAUUGACCCGGCCGAGACACGUAUUUUCAUCGGCGCAGAAAGUGGCGAUAUCGCCCAAAUCAACUUAUACGAAGUGGGAAAUCGCUUUGAAGUUCUCAUCCAAUUGGGCAACAAGAAAGAUGAGAAGUAUCCGAUAUUUUCCGGACACGAGCACGAAAUUACGCAGCUGGCUGUGAAUGGUGAUGGAACAAUGUUGGCUAGCAGUGAUACCGAAGGAAAAUACUGUAUCUGGGAUAUUCAAAGUCGGCAAUGUCUGAAGACCUCAACUAUGCGCGGGCCAAUCAGUUGUGUGUCAUUUUUGCCGUACUUCCCGUCCCUUCAUGCCCAAGAAAUCCCGGCGGCGGCAUCACGGCCGAAUUUGGUGUUGCAGAGGAAUACGGGUGUCAUGAAGAGCGUUGCGAUAACUCGAACUGUAGAGGACCCGGAACACGAUCGCAUUAAAUUCUCGAAGCUCAACGACCAACUGCUUGAGCGACUGCUGGAAAGGGCAGGAUCGACUCGAACAACAGGAUCCAAAGAAGAGGCUACUAAAAAUGUUGAAGAUGGAGGAAAUGAAACACUGACGGCUGAAAAUGAAAGCGAGAGCGAGACGAUACAGAAAUUGCGACAACAGGUCGCCAAAUUGCGACAGGAAAAUGCGAAGCUGUUCGAGUUCAGCUUCAAGUCGAUCACCUCAAGCGACCAA